UCCACAACAAUGGAACGGCAAAGUACCAGCAUGCUCUUUCUCAUGGGUAUAUAGAUUUCUUUUGUACUUAAAACUUCUUCCACAAGUUCCACAGAGGUUAGCUAAAUCACCCGUUUCUGAAUCGGCCAUGCUCCUGAAAAAAAUGACUUGGUGGAUUAGCGUAAAAUUGUUUUCUUUGUGGAUUAGCAUAUUUACAAAAUACACGUUUUACCUUUCACUGAUACUCUGAUUUCGUAUUAAAUAUGUUUCAUUCGAGUAAAUAGAAAACUUUGGAAGUUUUCUUUGGGUUAAAGGUCAGUAAUUCAAAUCCUUCUUUGUUUCAUAUAAAAAACGACAACUUCAGGUCGUCUUUACGUAUCUUUAGAGAACAUCACUUUUUCCUACACCUAUUUUUCAUGGAAGUUCUAUCACAAAUUAACGAAAAAAUGAAAAGAAAAUAGGGGGUUAUGUAGUUCCUAGUGAAAUGCCAGUCAGUUGUGGUUUGCUACCCUGAAAAUUGGCGCAUAUUUGCUCUCGUCCGCGCAAUAAACACCUACUUCCGGUUUCGAUCUGCAAAACUUGCCAUGUGGGGUGUAUCAACAUGAAAACCGUCUCAUCUCAUGCAGAAUGUAUUCUUGUAGUGAAAAAUGGUGAUUAAAGCACUCGUUCUACAAGAAUUUGCGCAAAAAAUGGGAAAAUUAGGAUCUAUUUAUUAUGGACUUCUUUCGACUACACCACGGAAGCACAUUUUCGACCGAAUUACUGACCUUAUUCCUUUGCGAAUACAUGACCACCGGAACAGGAUUUGUAUAAAAUACAUGUCAAAAAUAACAUUUUCUUGGUGGAUAAGCCAAUGCGAUCUGGCCGAGUAGAAAAGGUUUUCCAGGGUUUUUGAAUAUUUAGCGGCAGUCUAGAAGGAAACCAUUAACAAGGGAGAUAGAAUACUGUUUCUCCUUCGCAUGCAACACAUUUCAUAGAAAUUGGUUGAGAAAUAAAAAAAACUUACAUUGAUUUGAAGAUUUGAAUCGACGACUUUUGUUGAUAAUUUCUUCUUUGCGGAAUAUCGAUAUGACGUACAACGAUCACGUGAUUCGCCACCCUGGAUACAUAACUCUACCUCAAAAAAAGAUAAAGCAUAGGGCACAAUGUAUAUUCACAUCAAUCAUCGAAUGGUCUGGAAGUAAGAUUGUACAGGAUUUUUAUUUUACUCGCGGCGGAAAACAGUCGGAAAACAGCUGUACUAUUUCCAUAACUAUGGCAACAACACCUUCUGAAAUUUCAAAUCUUACUGUUGACGACACAUCAACUGCCACAAAAGAUGAACAGAACGAAGACAAGUCACCAAGACGAGCGACAUGGGCGACGCAGUUAGACUUCAUAAUGACGUCAGUGGGAUGUGCCGUAGGUCUUGGUAACAUUUGGCGUUUCCCGUAUCUAUGCUACAAAAACGGUGGAGGUGCCUUCUUGAUUCCGUAUGCAUUAUCAUUCUUCCUGGCUGCAGCUCCUACGUAUAUCGCUGAAAUAAGUCUGGGUCAAUACACGAGUUGCGGAGUUGUUCAAGCAUGGAAAAUGGUUCCUGUCUUUCAGGGUCUAGGAAUUGCGUCUCAAGUCAUCACGCUCUACACGAAUGUAUACUACAUUGUUGUUGUUGCUUGGGCUCUUUAUUACAUCGCCGUGUCCUUCACCUCGCAGUUACCAUGGGCAACGUGUGGAAAUCCUUGGAAUUCAGAAAGGUGCUACGUUACUGGAAUGCCUUUGGAAAGGACUAGAGUCGUAACAAACUGUACUACAAUAGAUCAAAACGUGACAGACUGUGACACGUAUAAUGUGACGCUAGGGCCACCCGUGGAUGCUGUUGUGGAAUACUGGGAACGAAAAGUAUUGAAUAUGUCAAGUGGAAUACAUGAGCCCGGUUCAUUGGUUCCUGGGUUAGCUGUAGCCCUACUGGUUGCCUGGGUGUUGGUGUAUCUUUGUAUAUGUCGUGGUGUUAGGUGGACAGGAAAGAUUGUAUAUUUUACUGCCGUUGCUCCAUACUUUCUCCUGCUGGUGAUCUUCAUCCGUGGGAUAACACUAAAGGGAGCAGCUACUGGUCUAAUAUAUUACCUAAAACCAGACUUCAGCCGUCUCGCCGAUGCUCAAGUUUGGAUGGAUGGAGGAACACAGGUUAUAUAUUCAAUCGGUGUUGGACAGGGUUUUAUGAUUACUCUUGGGAGCUACAACAAGUUCAAAACAAACUGCGUCAGAAAUGGAUUGGUAAUUAUCUGCAUUAACUGUCUUACAAGCAUCUUUGGAGGUCUAGCAGUCUUUUCCAUUCUUGGCUUCAUGUCGUAUGAAAUGGAAAUUCCAAUAGAGAAAGUUGCUUCUCAAGGUCCGGGUUUAGUAUUCCUGGCCUACCCGAAGGCUGUCACACAGAUGCCACUUUCGCCUCUUUGGUCUGUCUUAUUUUUCCUAACCAUCUUAUUUGUCGGACUGGAUAGUGAGUUUGCUGGAGUAGAGGCCGUAUUGACACCGUUCAUUGAUAGAUUCCCGUCUGUUCUCUACAAACCGAGGAACCGCAUGAUUUUCGUUGCAGUUUACUGUACAACAUGUUUCCUGAUUGGUUUAUCGAUGGUAACACAGGGUGGGGUAUACCUGUUCCGACUGAUAGAUUACUACUGUGCAAGCGGAUUGGUCCUACUUGCUAUGGUUUUCUUCGAAGCAGUUGCAAUAGGCUGGGUGUUUGGGGCUGAUCGAUUUUACGAUGCUCUGGAGAUGAUGGUCGGAUAUCGGAGUGGACCAUGGUUGAAACUGUCCUGGAAGUUCUUGGCUCCAUUAAUUAUAAAUGGUAUAUUCUGGUUCCAACUUGUAAAAUACAAACCGCUUUCAUUUAGCGAAACCUACGAAUAUCCCAUUGGUGCUACAGUAUUGGGAUUUAUUUUCACGUUGUCUUCGAUUUCCUGUGUACCUAUAUCAGCUAUAUAUUACAUUGCUACAGCAAAUGGGUCCCUAAAACAGCGACUAAUGAAAGUGACAACACCAAUUCUAAAGAAACAUCAAAUAAAUCCGCGGUGGAAGGACUCGGAUUACAGGUGGACACUGGAAGAAUAUAAGUACCACGAUGUUAACAAUCCAUUCUCAAUAGAUGAUGAAAUAAAUAGUACGAGUAUGGAUUAG